CCACAGAGGAGGCACUAAGACGGGACUUCUGGCUCUAACUACCACAGCAAUCAAUUUCUCAACAACAGGAGCUGCUUCGGACUGGGUGACAAGAGCACUCUGUUUCCCCAUUCAGGAUUAAGCAUUGGAACAAAAGUGGAAUAUUGAAACAUAAAUAUAAGGCAUCAUCUGAUAAACUUUCAGAAGUGAUAGAGAGUGAAGAAGAGGAGGAGAGAGAGGAGCUGGAAGCAGAAGAUGCCACGCUGGUCGAUACAUGUACCAUGAGGAGCACAGAGGAGCUACGCUAAAGACAGACGGGAGAAAACAGUUCACCUGGACACAUUUCACAGGUCACGUUGAGCCCAUGCGGUGGUCCAUGCUAGCCCUGCUGCUCUUGUCCUGCAGCCAGAUGUUUGCCCAGCGCCCAGGUGACAUCUGUCCACAAAACACCGGCCAUGGACAGCAUGAUGUCACGGCAAACCCUGUGCCGACUGUGGAUCCUAAACUCUUCAACAAGAGACGGUACCGCUCACCCCGGGUUCUGUUCAGUGAACAUCCCCCCGACUCAGAGCUCGCUGGGCACCAGAUGAGGAGCAGGACGAAGAGAAAGGCAGGAGCACCUCAACACCGCGGAGUUUACUCCGUCUGCGAGAGCAUUAGCACUUGGGAGGGAAAUAAAACCAAAGCUACGGACAUCUCGGGCAACGAGGUCACCGUCUUGCCCGACGUAAUCAUCAACAACUCCAAGAAAAAGCAGUACUUUUUUGAGACGACGUGCAGCAGCGGGCGGACUGGAGGAUCCGGGUGUUUGGGAAUCGAUGCACGCCAUUGGAACUCGUACUGCACCAAUUCACACACGUUUGUGCGAGCGCUGACUUCAUUCAAGAACCUGGUGGCAUGGAGACUCAUAAGAAUCAAUGUAGCUUGUGUGUGUGUGCUGAGCCGAAAGUCUUGGAGACAAUGACAAACUGGCUGCUUUUCAACAUGCCAACACCAGCCUAAUGAUAUCAAACUCAUAUUCCUCUCUGUGAUGGUGGACAUUUUCCUUGUGCAAACCAUUAAUGACAACUUCUUACAUAAAACAGACCAUCUAAGGAGGACACUACAAUGGACUUUUUUCAGUUCUUUUUUAAGUCUUGUUAAGAUAAUUGUUUUCAUUUGCAGCAUUACGAGAACAUGUACAUACAUUGUUGUGUGUGGUAAUUGUUAUUUAUUAAACCGCAUCAUUAUUGUCUAGUUGAUUUGGUGCAUAUUAGGAGAUGAGGUCAUUUUAAAUGAACAUAUGUCAUCAUUUACUCAUUCUUGGAAUCCUCAGUGUCUGUUCAUUACAGCUGCAUUGACCUUUUGCCAUUUUUUGGUUCUGUAGAAGAAAUAAAGUCAUACGGGUUUGGAACGACAUUAAAGUGAGUAAAUGAUGACAGAAAUUUUACUUUUGGAGGAACUUAUUGUCGAUGUGAAUUUAAAAGUAACCUAAUUUACUAACUAACACAUGUUCCUGGUAUUAUUGAUUGGCGCACAUUAUUCCAAAGAAAAAAAAAAUGACUGAAUGACUUUUAUUUUUGGCUGAUGUCACUAAGCCCCUCAAACCAAUUGUCAACAAAUUUCCACAGACAGCUUGUCAGUCAGUCACACAUGGUUUAAAAAGUCCUGGGCCCAGUUGCAAGAAGUGUAUUGUCAAGGGUUUUCUUAACCUUAGGGGCUUCUUACAGACGUCUACUGGCCUACAUGUUCUUGUUAAAUAUCUUGACUCUGAAAUAUAUCAUCUUAUCAAAUUAAAAUGGUUUGGAAAUGGUAAAACAAAUCUGUUUCAUGUUGACCUAAGCUCUUUCGACAGCAUAUGUGCUGUUGGUUACCACAGAAGAUAAUUUGACGUGAAAAAUAAAUAUGAAAAAAAAAGAGUUGUUUUUUUCCAUAGUGCACUUACUGAAGUCUAGUAGACAAGCAUGAAUAAAUACUUACAAGGAUAGUUCACCCCCCAAAAAUUAUUUAGUUACACUAGAUUUAUUCUAAUGCUGUAUGAACUUCUUUUUUGAAGGGGGAAAAACACCCAAACGUUGCAUGUUAGCAUGAAACACUAAAUGGUUUAAUAGAAUUGCUUAUCAACCAACUAAAAAAAGUUAAAUCCAAUUACCUUCACUUGGUAUUUGCUCAAGAAUACCAAUUAAAAACAUGGAAUGAAACCAGAAUAACCAGAGGUUUAUCGAUCUAGAAAAAUAGAUCAAUUUUACAGGUCAAAUAAACUUAAGUUAUAACAUAAGUGACCUUUAUUUUUUUUGCUUUUAAAUGCUGGCACACUUGGCGUCCAAUGUAAUCGCAUUACUAUAAAUAUUUCACAUUGUCCAGAUUAUUUUCUGUGGCCAUCAACAGCAUGCCAUACGGUUGACAGAGCCAAAUCAAGAAUAUUCCUUUAAAUAUUUUCCAUUGUGCUGUAAGCCAAAAAAAGCCAUUGAACUUUACAGAACAACCUCAGUUAAAGCUUUCGGGAAUUAGUUGGGUUUUUUUCUGGUUUUGAUGUUAAAAAAAGCCGUGACUCAGACACGACCUCCAGCCAUGUGGCAGAAAAACUAAACGGUCAGGGCAAAUUUUGUCAGACACUUUAAGUAAGCCGGAGAGUUUGUUGAAACUGACCGACCUCACAUCUCAACAGAUGUGCCUCACACACAUGGAAACGGACCUACGCUGGAAUGCAUUAGACGUUCCCCUUCCAGACUAGAGGCUUCCACGUAAUGCCUAGAGAACUGGCCUUGACAGUGAAAAUCGUUAAAAAAGCAAUUCUAACAACCACAAACAGGUGUGUCAUCCCAAUCAGACUUUGAAUACAUUUGUUUAGGCAGAAUGUGGAAGUCUUAAAAAACAGAUGGUGAGACCCACCUCAGGUUUGAUUGUGUAAACAGAGGAAGAUCACAUGCCAAAGGUCAGGUGCACGGCCAAAUGAUGAGGUCAUGUCUGGAAGCCUGAAAGCCACAGGUCUGCAAGGUCAGACGUCAAAGUUCGGGUGGAAUAAUCAACAGGAUUGUUAGGUUUAUGUCACAUAAACCAUUAGGUCCUUCAUCAGCACUUGUUUGUUUAGGGAUAUAUUUAAAAAAAAAAGAGUCACUUUCACACAACCAUUUGCUCUCAUUAGAAGAGGAUGUUUUGUGGUCAACAGUUAUUUCAAACAGCUCUGUGUACUCAGAUGAAGAAUGAGAGAGAAUUUUCCUCAAGCUCAUGUUAAUGGAACAAACAAGCUUGUCUCUAAUUGUUUGUAGGACAGCUCCCUAUGGAGAGUCUGUUGUGACAAAUCCAAAAGAGCCCCUUUUGUUUAAUUCACAGAGAAUAUUAACGAGAUUAAUGAACUGUGGACGGUAGGCUACUGACACACUGAGGAGAUUUCAAACAAGGCCACGGCCGCCCCUCCGUGUGCGUGCUACAAGGAUUUAUCGUCUUCAGAAAGGCUGAAGAUUCCUUAAUCACAUUCACAUAAAAGUCUCAACUCUUAAUCGAGAGAUAACAGUGAAUUAAUGUAUCUAAAGCGAUGAGUUGUGCAGUAAACAGCGUGGACGGACCAAUUCAAAAACAAACAACAGUCGCCCUCUAGUGGUUGAUUCCUAAAUCUACAACGGAUGAAGCCAUUAGGUCGAUUUAAUGGUGCCAUUCUCUUCUGUUAUAGUAUGAAUGAGUCCCUUUUUUUGUUGCAAAAAUAAGAUUUCAGAUGUCAUUUCACUUGCCAUUUGGCCCGUUGUUGUACA